AUGUCCAACAGCAGCUCCAUCACCCAGUUCCUCCUCCUGGCGUUCACAGACACACGGGAGCUGCAGCUCUUGCACUUCUGGCUCUUCCUGGGCAUCUACCUGGCUGCCCUCCUGGGCAACGGCCUCAUCAUCACCACCAUAGCCUGGGACCAGCACCUCCACACCCCCAUGUACUUCUUCCUGCUCAACCUCGCCCUCCUCGACCUGGGCUGCAUCUCCACCAUUGUCCCCAAGUCCAUGGCAAAUUCCUUCUGGGACACCAGGAACAUCUCCUACACAGGAUGUGUUGCACAGCUCUUUGUCUUUACCUUCUUGGUAGUAGGAGAGUAUUGUCUCCUCACCAUCAUGUCGUACGACCGCUACGUUGCCAUCUGCAAACCCCUGCACUACGGGACCCUCCUGGGCAGCAGAGCUUGUGUCCACAUGGCAGCAGCUGCCUGGGCCACUGGGUUUCUCUAUUCUCUGCUGCACACGGCCAAUACAUUUUCACUGCCCCUGUGCAAGGGCAAUGCCCUGGGCCAGUUCUUCUGUGAAAUCCCCCAGAUCCUCAAGCUCUCCUGCUCACACUCCUACCUCAGGGAAGCUGGGUUUCUUGUAGUCAGUGCCUGUUUAGCAUUUGCGUGUUUUGUGUUCAUUGUGGUGUCCUAUGUUCAGAUCUUGAGGGCCGUGCUGAGGAUCCCCUCUGAGCAGGGACGGCACAAAGCCUUUUCCACGUGUCUUCCUCACUUGGCCGUGGUCUCCCUGUUCCUCAGCACUGGCAUGUUUGCCUACCUGAAGCCCCCCUCCAUCUCCUCCCCAUCCCUGGACCUGGUUUUGUCCUUUCUGUACUCGGUGGUGCCUCCAGCAGUGAACCCCCUCAUCUACAGCAUGAGGAACCAGGAGCUCAAGGAUGCCCUGAGGAAACAGAUGACUGGAUUUCUUCUGAAGCUAUAAACUGUCUCUAACUUCUUCUACAUAAGAGUUAUAAUCGAACUCAUUGCAGGUUCAUCCUGUGUGCAGUAUUUUUUGUUUCUCUUUGUGUUUGUUUAUUGUGAAAAUAUUUUAAUUCCCUUUGUAAUUCACUGCCUGCUUUUCUUUUCUCACUGAGUGGCUGUGUCAGUGACAAAUUCAUGCUCUCUGUGUUUAAGUAAA